AUGUCAAAUGCGCAGUGUGUUGUUACAAAUGAGUUUUUGUCUAUUCAUAUUUCGGGCGUCAUUGACGCGUGUGUCUUUGUGGCAUUUACAACUAUUGCAUGGUACAACACUAUUGAGCUUAUUGUUCUUUGCUUUACAACAUUCAAAAAAUUCCGAGGAAGCUACUUCUGGAGUCUGCUGGUUGCCUCUGCCUGCGUUGGCGUUCAUGCACUAGGGUUCCUCCUCCUUGUCUUCGCCAUCAGAGUCGCGGGUUAUCUUUCCCUCACAAUCUCUGUCUUCAGUUGGUGUGGAAUGGUGACAGGGCAAUCUCUUGUACUCUGGUCACGCCUGCAUUUAGUACUAUACCGUCCAAAGGUUCUCCGUGGAGUGCUCUGGAUGAUUGUUACUGAUGCGAUCCUCCUGCACACACCUAUAAUAGUCCUUCUAUAUGGGGCAUUGUCAUCACGUCCUCAACAGUUUGCGGCGGGAUAUAAGGUUAUGGAGCGCAUCCAGUUAGUGGGAUUUUGUCUGCAGGAGUUAAUCAUCUCCUCUAUAUAUAUAUGGGAAACAAUCAAACUUCUAAAAUUACAACAGGAACAGCACCGUCGUCACAUUCUGUACCAUCUACUUAUUAUCAGCGUUAUCAUUCUCUUCCUUGAUAUAACAGUUGUUGUUAUUGAAUACGCCGGUCUCUACACUCUCCAAGUUCCACUUAAGGCCUCUGUCUACAGUAUCAAACUCAAGCUAGAAUAUUCCAUACUAGGAAAGCUUAUGGAAAUCGCCCGAGGCCCAUCUGAUCCCAUGUCUUCCGUGACUGGUCUGAGCUCUAAUCCAUCGCCAUAUAAUGGUGAGACUACCAAUUCCAAUGUUGUGAAAUUUGGUGGAUUAAUGAUGUUCAGACACAAGCCUAUCCAAUGCCACCUAGGAUCCUAA